GAAUUGAACUGUGAUAUCCAUUAUGAUGUAAAAUGCUUUGAAAUGUUUAUUAUAUGGGGAUAUUUUGCAGUUAACCAGCAAGAUUUUAAAAGUUGAUGUUUUCAGAGUAGAGUUUGGUUGUUCUCUCUACUGCGCAUGCUCUCCUGGACCCCGGAGGUUUUGAAUCUGAAAGUUGUUGUCCCUUGGAGCUCAAUUGUUUUCAUUUUGGAUUUUUCCAACUGUUUAUCCUUUAAAGCCAUUUCUUCCGAUAAGUCCUCUACAAUUGGAGUUUAAAACCUUCCGCUGUCUCCCGGCUGACUGAGCUGGCAGCCGGGGACCGCCGCUCUCUGUCCCGCCCGGAGCAGAGCCUCAUGUCCGGCUUCGGCCUGGUCCCGGUGGAUGGCGGGGAUCUGGUCCCGCUGCCGCCGGGUGAGACGGUGCUGGGCCGGGGUCCCUUCCUCGGGAUCAGUGACCCCAGAGUUUCCCGACGCCACGGUCUGCUGGAGAACCUGGACGGACAGCUGCGACUGAAACCGACCCACAUCAACCCGUGUUUCCUCCUGUUGUCCCCGAACGAUGACCCCCGACCCCUGGAGAGGGGCUCCUGGCACCGGCUUCAACCCGGAGAUCAGUUCUCUCUGCUGCCGGGUCGCUUCAUCUACAGGGUGGCGGCCUACGGCGCGGAGCAGAGCGCGCCCAGGUACCCGCCUCCCAGGCGUUGUCAUGGCGAUGACGGGGCGUCUGUCACUACCGGCAUGAGGUUCAUUACGGAGCGGUGUUUUGUUCUCAUGUCCCGCUGCAGAAACAGUCAGAACUUUGAGGAAGAGGACGGAGCUCUUCCUCUUCCUGCCGGGUCCGACGCGGCGGCUCCUCUGGCGGCCAGACCGGGUCAGGAACAGACUUCCUGUCCAGACAGGAACCAGCACAGCAGCGAUUUCAGGCAGGAAGUCUCGACGCCACGUCUGGAUGGCGUUCAGAGCGACGAGGCUCCGCCCCCUCCCAGGAGGCGGGUCUUACCUGCCUGGAUGAUGGCGGCUGCUGCGGCUCCAGCCUCCAAAGGCGUGAAGAGGAGUAAACCUGCUGCCACUCCGGACCCGCCCACUUUAUCCCCCCCACCUGAGGAGGCGGAGCUCCGCGAGGAAGACGCCGAGACGCCGAGGAAGAAGAGUCGGGCGAUGAGCAGCGAGGAAGAAAUCCUCCCAACACAAACAGAUGACCUCUGGGAUGAGUCGACCUCCAGAGGUCAGAUUGGACCCAGCAGGUCAGAGGUCAGCUCUUCGCCGUCACGGAGCGCAGCAGCUGAGAAAUCGCAGCAGGAGGAGAAGAAGAUCCGGUCUGGAGUCAGAACCGCUUGUCCCUAUGGGAAGGACUGCUACAGGAAGAACCCGCUUCACUUCCAGGAGAGCAGUCACCCUGGAGACGCCGACUACGAGGAAGAGGAGGAGGAGGAGGAGGAGGAAGAGGAGGAGCGACCGGAGUGUCCGUACGGCGCCGCCUGCUACAGGAAGAAUCCUCUCCACCGGAGGCAGUUCAGACACACGCAGCGACCCGCGCCCCGCUCCGCCGCCAACGACGACCCCGACAACUUCAUCAGCGACGACUCGGGCGACGACUCGGACUACGAUCCGCAGGACGACCUGCAGCGGCAGAGGGAGGCGAAGGCCUUCCUGAGGAAGAGGAGGUAGAGGAAGAUCGGGUCACAUGACCCGUCUGGCUGAAAGUCUGAUCACCAGCCUGACGACAGGAAACACUAAAAGAGGGUUUUCAAAUGAAAAGCUUUAUGUGAGCUGGAAGCAGAAAAGGGAACAUUUGUAUUUAUUAAUGUUUCUGCAUUUUAUCCAGCAGUUUUAUUUCUGAUGCUUUUAUUGUGAAAAUAUCAGGAAAUGUGAAACAAGAAUCAAUUUCUUAUUUUUAAAUGGUUUCUUCUUUACUCCACUUUUUUUAAAAAUUAAAAGCUAAUGGAUAGGCUUCUAAAGAUUGCUAACAGCCAAUGAUCGCUAACAGCUAAUGAUCGCUAACAGCUAAUGAUCGCUGACAGCUAAUGAUCGCUGACAGCUAAUCGCUAACAGCUAAUGAUCGCUGACAGCUAAUGAUCGCUGACAGCUAAUGAUUUCUAACAGCUAAUGAUCACUGACAGCUAAUGAUUGCUAACAGCUAAUGAUCGCUGACAGCUAAUGAUCGCUGACAGCUAAUCGCUAACAGCUAAUGAUCGCUGACAGCUAAUCGCUAACAGCUAAUGAUUGCUGACAGCUAAUCGCUAACAGCUAAUGAUCGCUAACAGCUAAUGAUCACUGACAGCUAAUGAUUGCUAACAGCUAAUGAUCGCUGACAGCUAAUGAUCGCUAACGGCUAAUGAUCGCUGACUCCUGAUUUGAUCUAAAUAAUAUUAAA